CCAUGGAGCGCGGAGCGCGCACGCCGCGCGCGGGACUCUGAGCCCCGGCCGCGCCGCGCGCCCGCACCCCGCAUCCCGGAGCCCCGCGCCGCCCAGCCCCGCGCCCGCCGCUCCAGCCCCGGCGCUCCGGGAUGGCGCCCCGCGGGCCCCUCCGGCCGCGCAAAGUUCGCAGGAGGCGAGAGAUGCUGCCGCAGCAAGUGGGCUUCGUGUGCGCCGUGCUGGCCCUGGCGUGCUGUGCGUCCGGCCUUUGGGGAAGCUUGGGCCACAAGACAGCCUCUGCCAGCCAGCACGCUCUGCCGGACACGUGGCGAAACCGAAAAUUAAUGGCGUCGGUGAAUGAGACGGAGCCAGCCAAGAACUGCACAGACCCUGCCAUCCACGAGUUCCCCACGGACCUGUUCUCCAACAGGGAGCGCCAGCACGGAGCCGUCCUGCUGCACAUCCUCGGGGCUCUGUACAUGUUCUACGCCCUGGCCAUCGUGUGUGACGACUUCUUCGUUCCGUCUCUUGAGAAGAUCUGUGAGAAACUUCACCUGAGUGAGGACGUGGCUGGAGCCACCUUCAUGGCCGCGGGCAGCUCCACCCCCGAGCUGUUCGCCUCCAUCAUCGGGGUGUUCAUCACGCACGGCGACGUGGGGGUCGGCACCAUCGUGGGCUCAGCCGUCUUCAACAUCCUCUGCAUCAUCGGCGUCUGCGGGCUGUUCGCGGGCCAGGUGGUGCGCCUGACGUGGUGGGCCGUGUGCCGGGACUCCGUGUACUACACUCUCUCCGUCAUCGUGCUCAUCGCCUUUAUAUACGACGAAGAAAUUGUGUGGUGGGAAGGCCUGGUGCUCAUCGUGCUGUACGUGUUCUACAUCCUCAUCAUGAAGUACAACGUGAAGAUGCAGGCCUUCUUCACCAUCAAGCAGAAGACCGUGGCCAACGGCAACACGGUCAGCAGCGAGCUGGAGGACGGUAAUGAGCCCUGUUGCCUGGACGACCCCUCGGUGCCAUUGCUGGGGCCAGGACCCCAUGCCCAGCGGGGGGUGGUGCUGGACACGGUGAAGGAGGAGCCGCAGAACAGCAAGACCCCGGUGGUGAUGGUGGACGAGGUGAUGAGCUCCAGCCCGCCCAAGCUGGGCUUCCCCGAGGCCGGCCUGCGCAUCAUGAUCACCAACAAGUUCGGGCCCAGGACCCGGCUGCGCAUGGCCAGCAGGAUGAUCAUCAACGAGCGGCAGCGGCUGAUCAACUCGGCCAACAGCGUGGGCAGCAAACCGCUCCAGAACGGGAGGCACGAGAACAUGGAGAAUGGGAACGUGCCGCUGGAGAACGCCGAGGACGCCCCUCGGGAGCAGGAGCCCGCGCCGCCCGCCCCGCCGCCCCCCGCAGAGCCCGAGCCGGGCGAGGUGGCCUUCCUGUCACCCUUCUCCAUGCCUGAGUCGCGGGGGGACAGAGCCAAGUGGGUGUUCACCUGGCCGCUCAUCUUCCUCCUGUGCGUCACCAUCCCCAACUGCAGCAAGCCGCGCUGGGAGAAGUUCUUCAUGGUCACCUUCGUCACCGCCACGCUCUGGAUCGCCGUCUUCUCCUACCUGAUGGUGUGGCUGGUGACCAUCAUCGGCUACACUCUGGGCAUCCCCGACGUCAUCAUGGGCAUCACCUUCCUGGCGGCGGGCACGAGCGUCCCGGACUGCAUGGCCAGCCUGAUCGUGGCCAGGCAAGGCCUCGGCGACAUGGCGGUCUCCAACACCAUCGGAAGCAACGUGUUCGACAUCCUCGUGGGUCUCGGCAUACCGUGGGGGCUGCAGACCAUGGUCAUUAACUACGGGUCCACGGUGACGAUCAACAGCCGAGGACUGGUGUACUCCGUGGUCCUGCUGCUGGGCUCUGUGGCACUCACGGUCCUGGGCAUCCACCUGAACAAGUGGAGGCUGGACCGGAAGCUGGGCGUCUACGUGCUGGUCCUCUACGCCAUCUUCCUGUGCUUCUCCAUCAUGAUCGAGUUCAACGUCUUCACCUUCGUCAACUUGCCCAUGUGCCGAGAAGACGACUAACCGAGCCUGUGCCCCCCCGCCGGGCGCGGUUCCGGACGCCGGGCCCCCUCUCUCCUCUGCCCCAUGCGUCUCUCCUGCUGACGGCCCGUCCGUCCUCUUUCCUGGGCUGCAAGGCGGCGCGGGGGGUCCGGGCGUUCUCCUGCCGUCUCGGCCCCCAGGCCAGCUUGGCGAGGGCUCUUUGCGCAUCCCGGCGAGGGUCUGGGCUCCGACGCAGGCCCGGCCCGUCGGGCGGCACCGUCCCUUGCUCCCUCUGGGACCCUUUCUCCCACAGGACCUGCAGGGAGCCGUUUGUCCGUCUCUCGUGUGGCAGUCUCCUGUUGGAGAUGCUGCCGAGUGAGGGGUCUCCUGGGGUGAGUGUGGAACCGGGAAGACCCCCUGGCUCCAGAGAGGGUGCUCUUCCACCGGACAAAGCCCAGACAAGAACCAGCGGCGUUUUUUAUCGGAAGCCCCCGCCAUGCUUUGCAGGGGCCAAGACCUCAUCCUGGAGAUCCGGAGGCCUGGAGGCGGGAUCUGUGACGAGCGACAGACAUCGCACCCCUCUUUCCUGGACCCCAACAGUGGCCGGGAUGGAAGCAUUUUUGCACAGCAGGAGAGACAGCCACGAGUGGCCAUGCCCGCCACUCUUAUCGUUGCAUUCAGAGAAUGAGUCACAUAUUCAAAACUCACUGGCCUCAACACCGUCCUACUUGAAACACAUCUUUCCCGCCGGGGACCUUGGCGGUCACUCUUCUGCAAGACGAACCCGACAGGCCCCAGGGGGGCGUGUGACAGUCCAGCAGUCACCUGGUUCUAACCAGAGACCCCCACGGCUGCCUCCACGUGGGGCUCACUGAGGUUUGUCUUCCCUUUGCUAGUGAUGCUUUAUUUCCCAACCUCCCCGUUGAAAGACCCAAUUAUUUAUAUCCCCGACAAAUGUCGCAGCCUGCUGAGCCGGGAGGAGCGUGCCCAGAGUCCUGGUUAGUGACCAGUGAAGAAAUGAUGUCCCGGAAACCUGCGCCAUUAUUCUCUGCUAGGCCAGAGCCACGUAGGACCAAUCAUCACCUGGGGAGUCUCUCAAGAGAAGUUUCUUGAACCUUGUAGUUGGCCACGCCUAGAAGGCCAGGUACGGGAGGCUGACCCAGAACUAGCUAGAAAGUUAUGAAACUAUUUUCGAUUGCUUCACAGCACUCAACUACAUAUAUAUAAAUAUAUAUAUAUAUAUAUUAAAAAGAUUUAUUGAAUACAAAACCCUUCGUGGUUUCUGGGGGGGAGGGGGAAAGCACCAUUAAUUUUGUAUAGAGGUUCUUUUUUUAUUUUUUUAAUGUUUCUAUUGUAAACGUCUAUCCGAUCUGAAGCACUUUGAACAUUGGGGUAUUUUGCACGGGACACUGGGCCACGAGAGUAGGGAGGCGAGGAGGGAGUUUGCAGGGCUUGGCGAUGCGUGGGAAGGUGGUAGCUGAUGGUUCCGGGACAGGGAGGUCCAGUCCCCCCACCCCACCGGUGGAAUCUGGGGCUCUUUAAGACCCCCGGAGGAGGAAGUGGUUGGGUUUGACUCCUUUAGUCCCCUGCCCCCCUCUUCGGCGACACAUCAGUGUUAGCAGUGACUACUCCACGCUCUGGCCUCUCUUUGCUUCUCUGACUAGUGGGUCCUGCAGGGAGAGCGUUUCCUCACCCCUUAGCAACGGGAGGUCAGGGGUCAUCGGGAGGGAAUUUAGACUCAAGAGUGUUGGGAGCUGCGGGGAACUGUUCUGUGCCCUCCUGGCGCUGCUGGCCUGGUGCCCGUACUCAGAUGCCACAUCCAAGUUUCCGUGAGUUUCUGUUUCUGCCCAUUCCUGGGAAAGGGCGCCCUGGUGCCCUCGGGGACACGAGGGCGAGGGCGAGUGGCAGAGCAGGCCUGGACCCCGCCGCCUCCUUCUCGGGGCUCAGCCCGUCCUGUGGGUUCUUGGGGCAGGUGCCAGGAGGGGUCCGCUUGGACUGAGUGCAACUUACCCGCUACUUAGCUGCCCCCUGGGUGCCCUGGCUCCUCUGUGACUGUCUCAGUGAGUCUCGAUUUCUUUCUUUCUUUCACAAAGACCCAAAGAUGCUUUUUGCUCGGAGGCCCCCCGUCACACACCCUGAUGUCCUGGCAGUGUCUGUCGAUCCCCGCCUGGUUUUCAGAGACGCUCCGCCUCCAGUGAAGUUUACUGAGGUUGCUGUUUGAGGCUUAAAAAAACCAAAACAGUUUUGAGGGGCCAGAGAGAUGGUGCAGCAAGUAGGGCCCCUGGCUUUGCACACAGCUUACCCCGAUUUGAUCCCCAAUAGUGCAUAGGGUCCCCCGUAGCCCCCCAGAAGGGAUCCCUGAGCUCAGAGGCAGGAAUAAGCCCCCAGCCCCUCUAGUUGUGACACCCCCAAACAAACAACUAAUAAGAAUGUUUUGAAGAUGAGCUGAGCACUAAAGCUAGAGUCUUCCUCAUGGCAAAUUCCCUUUGACUUUGAUGUGCCAAUGUAGUGUCCUUAAAGGAGCUGUGCAUUUAUUUUAGCUGAGAGAAAAUACACACACACACACACACACACACACACACACUACUGUAGGAGAAAGAUUCUUUUUUUAACUAAAUAUUUUUCCAUCAGAAAUUUAAGGAAUUACUUGAAUAAUUAGGCCUUCAUUUGAAAAGAUUGCUUUCAUGACUCCGUAGGAUAGCUUCCUUUAUUUUAUUCCUAAAACUAAUUAGCAUGGGGUAAUUACUCUGCUGCGAAUAUAGGCAGGGUUUACAAAAAAAAAAAAAAAGGUAAAUUUAGCUCCGCUAAUUGGGGGCAAGCGAGGAAAAGGAACCGUUACACUCAGAAAAAUACCUCUAGAAGCAGAAGCGAGGGGUUCCUGUUGGUUUCUGGAAUUUUCCCUCUGACCCCAGCGUGGUCAGGCUGGAGGCUGAGCUCCUGGCCCCUCUGCGACAGCCUGGUCCUGGAGAAAAGUUCUGGGUCAACCAUGGCAUGAAGCUCAGGAUCAGAACCCUGGGGUGGGUCAGAACACUGUCCCCUGCCCAGCCUUCCUGGGCCCCCGCUCUGGGCCACCCCCGCCCCGCCCCUCCAUUUCCCCCGUUACUCCCAACCCCCCACCCCGCACCUGUGAGGCCAUCGCAGUGCCGACCUCCCGUCUCCCGGGUCUGGCCUUCCCGGGGACCCCCUCUUACCCGCCCUGCUUGUACACCUGUUGCCAUCAGGGACCCCCGAGUGAGUGCAGACUCUCUCCCCAGACCCCUCCCCUCGGUUCCUGGGGUUCCAUAUUCUCCAUGUGGGGGGGUUGCAUAUUGGAGGGACAGUGUUGCUCCGUUUUGCAGGGGGUUUGCCCCUAAACAGGAAGGAAGCAGAACCCCCGAUGAGCUGGGUGUAAGCGUGGGGCGUCCCCGUGGGCCCCGGGGAGGCCGGGGUGCUUCUCUUUCCAAGCCCCACCCCUCCUGGCUGGGUUCCUGUCUGUGUGCACAUGGCCCGGAGUCUCAGCAGAUCUGCCAGCCGGACGGCUCCCAGGACUGGCGUGUGGGGUCACGAACACGCACUGGUGUGUGAGUGCAGCCUGUUCCCCAAGGCUUCCAGAGGGUUCCUGGUCCCCCCACCCAGCACCCUCAGAGCCUCGUUCUGGGGUUUCCUCUUUCUGGGCAGAGACAGCCGAGGGGUCUGUGCCAGGCGGGCACCAUUCGGCUCUUAGCAGAUUGUCGCUAUUUUGUGUCCGAGGAAACAUCCAGAAGUUGCUAGAGAUGCUUUCUGGGGGGGUGGGAGGGAAGUGCACGGCCCCUCACCCCGCCUGGAGCCCUGAGCGUCCCGCUGGGUGUCAGCGCUGAGUCGGCCCCGUGGGGACACACACGCUCUCUCCCAGGGGUCUCUCAAACACGGCUGCGGUGGGGGGAGUCCCGUCCACCCCACAGUCUCGGGCUGUGCACGGUAGGAAGGGGCCCCGCACGCAGGCUGGGGCCCAGGUUCUGUUCCCCGUCUCUGCCCACGUGACCAGUUCCGAGCUGGGCGGGAUGCUCGGCCUUGCCGACAGGCAACUCGAAGGACAGGACCUGGCGGGGACCGGCGGGGUGGCUCUGCAGGGGGUCCAUCGGCAGCUCGGCUGGGAGAGCUAAGCUGGGACCUUCGCUGCAUCGGGCUUGCUGGAGGCCCCCAGAUACGCCCCUGGCAGCGCGACCCAGUGAGGGACAAGCCCCCGCUGAGCUCCAAGGACAGGGCCCAUCCCCGUGGCCCCCAGGAGCCAGCCGGGGGCUAGGAGAGCUCAGGCUACAACAUUCUAAGUUUGCAGUAACCAACGCCUCCGACGCCACCGUCUUUGCCAGACGCCAGUGGGUCCCGUGCGUCGAUUCCAAGGCGUUUCCUCCAGGUGGGGGUCUGUCUCCCACAUCUCCCAGGGCAGACCCCUGACCCCCUCCUGCUCCCCAGGCUAGAGCCCCAUGUCAUGCACCCCGGUCUGGCGAUAGAAACAGAGAAACGAGACGGGGGCUCGGGGCGGGGCAGGGCAGCAGCCGGGAGUUAGGAACUCGCAGCCUGCGCGAAGAGUGAGCCCGGGACUCGCCUCUCUCUCCGCUUCCCUCGGGGCUCAGGCUUGGCAGCUCCCAGACUGCAGGCCUGCUGACAGACACGGCCCGGCCCAGCCCGCCAGCCGCUGGGGCCAGAUUCCCAAUAGCGGCUUUUCAGGCAGCCUCUGGCCUGGCCGCCGCUUUUCCAUCGCGGAGGCCAGCGAUUCCUUUCCCGGAGAAAGUAUGUGCGUCCCCUCCCUCCCCGCCCCUGGAAACUUCUCUUCUGCUAGAAGGAAUGUGCAGCCUGUCAGUCCUGUGGUUUGAUGUGCUCAGCCUUGGUGCCGAAGGGGGAAAGCCCCCGGUCACACGGAGCUUUCCUGCCCCUGGCCCCCCGGUCCCCAAGGGGGGUGCCCCCCCAACUGCUGAGCGCUCACCUCACACUCCCCGUCUGCAGCAGGGGCGAGUCCCUUCCUGCUGAAGUCUGGCGUGCAUGCCUGGCCGCUCGGCCUUUCCAAGCCAUGUUCUAGUGGAUUCUUCCCGACCCCUGGGCACCCAGGCCCCCAGCUCAUGUCUUUUAGGCCCGUGCCCUUAGGAGCUCCCCUACCUGGCUCGCACCAAGGGUUUUGGGUUGGGGGGGCCCUUGGUCAGAGCAAUGCCGAGCCCCCGGGCCUGGCUCAUCCCCAUGUCUGGGCGACUGGGGUCCAGUUCAGAGGGCACGUUCCCUAUCCCUCCCGUCCAGCCAGGAGUGCCCACUGGAUGAGAGACCUUGGGGGGCCUGAGAGGAGGGGGUGUAGCCUGCCAUCCGUGGCCAGGAAGGGCCCAGGCAGGAGAGGCCAGUGGGGCUUCCUGGAGAGUCGGGGAGCUUCCUGGGGGGGCUCACCCAGGAUCUGACAAACAGGUAGAAAGAUUCAACUGUGUUAAGAGGCCCCUUGACAAUGUCCCAAGCCAGGGAUGUCUGAGGCGGGGUUGAGUCCCCAGCAAGGCGUGGCCGCCGGGUUGGCUGGGUGCCCUCGUCUUUGUCCCUUCUCUCCCACGGGCCUCCCAGAAGCAACACGCAGAAGAGUUGUAAAUAAUAAAAUCUAUUUAUCUUGCUAUUUAUUUUUUCAAUAACUGUGACCUCCUGCACUGUGAAGGCUGUGAUCUGAGAUCCUUAGUUUAAUAAAGCCGUUCAUUAAAGUGGAAUGAAUCGCUCUCAUUGGUUCCUAAGCCCCGGCAUGAGUUCUAUUUUUUAUUGUGAAGAAAAAUCUAGAGUAAAUAUGAACUAAACCUGGAUAAGAAAUCUAGCAGUCAGUAUUGUAAUGCAAUAUCUCAAAAUCUGUACACUGUCAAUAAAAUAAAGGCACACGCGCUGAUGUUCCUGA